AACGACAACAGCAUCAACAACGGCAAGAACAGCCGGGCUUAUCAUCACAGACCGUGGAGCAACGCUGAAGGAAACACACCGCGACGUCGACAAUGGACUCCACAGUGAAAGAGCUGAUACGAUACGUCUCCCGAGGAUUCUACGGAAGACCCUAUGUCCUUAUCUUGGACGCUGUUCUGGUACACUCUGUGUUGUCGGAGGACGACCUGUCUCACCUACUGGGGAUCCAGAGGAAGGAGCUGCGCUCGCUGUGCAACAAGCUGAUAGAUGAUAGGCUGCUGAACAUACACGUGCAAAGAGAAGAGGGCAUGAACGGCAUGCGUCCGACUACAAAGACGUACUAUUUCAUCCACUUCACAGAGGCCAUUGAUGCGGUGAAGUGGAAAGUCCAUCAGGUUGUACAAGGGGUUCAGCAACACAUCAAGGCGGACUCGUCUCCACAAGGGUAUAUCUGCCCCAUAUGUAAGACGAAGUACUCACAGCUGGAUGCGGUGGCGCUGUUGAACUUUGAGAAGAAUGAGUUCAUCUGCUCCUUGUGUAAUGAGGUGCUGGUUGAAGACGACUCCGGCAAGGUGGCGAAGGAGAAUCAGCUCAAGUACUCGAACCUGAUGAAGCAGCUGGAGCCUCUGAUCAACUACCUCCGUAAGAUCGAUGAGCACACCAUUCCUGAGAACAACUUUGCCACAUCGCUAUCGAAGAUGGUGCCUGCGGUGGCUUCCACAACGGCGUCGUACACGGUGUCCAACUUCAGAAAGAACACGAGAAUGUUUGACAGAAACUCGUACCUCAACAACGCUUCCUCCAUGGUUGCCGGAGCUAGAUCUCAGGCCACGUUGCACGUCAACAUAUCUGCUGAUGGUGAUGAUCUACAGAGGGAGAAGCAGGCAAUUGAGCAGGAGGAGAAGCGGAAACAAAACGCAUUGCCAUCAUGGCACGAGGAGUCCACAAUUGGUAAAUCUCUUGGUAAGCUGGACCAAGACGAAGGUGAAGAGCCUGAGGUUAAGUUGGAAGAUGCAACGGCAGCGACGACAGAUGCGAACCAGGAAGCUGCCGUAGAACAAGAACAGGAUCAACAUUCAGAGGUUACCGAUACUGGUGCGUCGACAUCCACUACUGCCAAUGCUGUUGAACCUGCUGGUGAAGUUGAUAGAGAGGCACAGGAGGCAUUGGCUGCAUACUAUGCACAGUUGGAUCAAAAGGCUAAGGAGGAUGCAGAUGAGGAGGACUUUGAUGAAGAUUUCGACGAGGAUGAAGAGUUUGAUGAUUUUGAAGACGUUGACAUCGCACAAACUCUAGAGAACCAGACGAGCCAAGAAGUCAAUGACAUUGUUGAGGAGAUUGAAUUUGACAGCGAUGAGGAAUAA